AUAGCUGAUCAGCUUCCUUGGAUUUUGCCGAUGACCCAGGACAGCUUUGCCUGAAGAUGGAAACACUGGAGUCGGAGCUGACCUGCCCUAUCUGUCUGGAGCUCUUCGAGGACCCUCUGCUGCUGCCCUGCGCACACAGCCUCUGCUUCAACUGCGCCCACCGCAUCCUGGUCUCGCACUGCGCCACCAACGAGCCCGUGGACUCCAUCACCGCCUUCCAGUGCCCCACCUGCCGCCAUGUCAUCACGCUCAGCCAGCGCGGUCUAGACGGGCUCAAGCGCAACGUCACCCUGCAGAACAUCAUCGAUAGGUUCCAGAAAGCCUCUGUGAGUGGGCCCAACUCCCCCAGUGAGACCCGCAGGGAGCGGGCGUUCGACGCCAACACCAUGACCUCCGCCGAGAAAGUUCUCUGCCAGUUCUGUGACCAGGACCCGGCCCAGGACGCAGUGAAGACCUGCGUCACUUGCGAAGUGUCCUACUGUGACGAGUGCCUGAAAGCCACUCACCCGAACAAGAAGCCCUUCACGGGUCAUCGUCUGAUUGAGCCCAUUCCCGACUCGCACAUCCGGGGGCUGAUGUGCCUGGAGCACGAGGACGAGAAGGUGAAUAUGUACUGUGUGACCGAUGACCAGUUAAUCUGUGCCUUGUGUAAACUGGUUGGGCGGCACCGAGACCAUCAGGUGGCAGCUUUGAGUGAGCGCUAUGACAAAUUGAAGCAAAACUUAGAGAGUAACCUCACCAACCUUAUUAAGAGGAACACGGAGCUGGAGACCCUUUUGGCCAAACUCAUCCAAACCUGUCAGCAUGUUGAGGUCAACGCAUCACGCCAAGAAGCCAAACUGAUGGAGGAGUGUGAUCUUCUCAUUGAGAUCAUUCAACAAAGAAGACAAAUUAUUGGAACCAAGAUCAAAGAAGGGAAGGUGAUGAGGCUUCGCAAACUGGCUCAGCAGAUUGCAAACUGCAAACAGUGCAUCGAGCGCUCCGCCUCGCUCAUCGCGCAAGCCGAGCACUCUCUGAAGGAGAACGACCAUGCGCGUUUCCUGCAGACCGCCAAGAAUAUCACUGAGAGGGUCUCCAUGGCAACUGCAUCCUCUCAGGUCUUAAUUCCUGAAAUCAACCUCAACGACACAUUUGAUACCUUUGCCUUAGACUUUUCUAGAGAGAAGAAACUGCUAGAAUGCCUGGAUUACCUUACAGCUCCCAAUCCUCCCACGAUUCGAGAGGAGCUCUGCACGGCCUCCUAUGACACCAUCACUGUGCACUGGACGUCGGACGACGAGUUCAGCGUGCUCUCCUACGAGCUGCAGUAUACCAUCUUCACCGGGCACGCCAACGUCGUCAGUGAAAGCUGCACUGCAGCGCUUCUGCUUGGCUUUGCAGGCCUGUGCAACUCGGCUGACAGCUGGAUGAUCGUGCCCAACAUCAAACAGAACCACUACACGGUGCACGGUCUGCAGAGCGGCACCAAGUACAUCUUCAUCGUCAAGGCCAUUAACCAGGCGGGCAGCCGCAGCAGCGAGCCGGGGAAGCUGAAGACAAACAGCCAGCCAUUUAAACUGGACCCCAAAUCUGCACAUCGAAAGCUGAAAGUGUCCCAUGAUAACUUGACAGUUGAGCGCGAUGAGUCAUCAUCCAAGAAGAGCCACACGCCUGAGCGCUUCACCAGCCAAGGGAGCUACGGAGUAGCUGGAAACGUGUUUAUUGAUAGUGGCCGGCACUACUGGGAAGUGGUCAUCAGCGGAAGCACAUGGUACGCCAUCGGCCUCGCCUACAAGUCAGCCCCGAAGCACGAGUGGGUCGGGAAGAACUCGGCUUCCUGGGCACUGUGCCGCUGCCACAAUAACUGGGUGGUGAGACACAACAGCAAGGAGGUGCCCAUCGAGCCGGCCCCGCACCUGCGGCGCGUCGGCAUCCUGCUGGACUAUGACAACGGCUCCGUCGCCUUCUACGACGCUUUAAACUCCACCCACCUGUACACCUUCGACGUCGCCUUCUCGCAGCCCGUCUGCCCCACCUUCACCGUGUGGAACAAGUGUCUGACCAUUAUAACCGGCCUUCCGAUCCCAGACCACCUGGACUGCACGGAGCAGCUGCCCUGAGCUCCUGGCCAGCGGCGCCUCUGUCUGGGGAACAGCAGGGGUUGUGGCCACCACCGGGGGGCAGAGACCGCACAAGCGUCCAGAGUGUGAUCAAAUCUCGCCAAAAAGCACCCAGGCACAGGCUAAGAUAGGACUCGGAUCUGGCGCCCCCCACUGUGUGUGGUAUGA